UUGUUCAUUCAAAAACAGGGGCAUCUGGACGGUUAUAUGGUUGACCAACCAUCGGCCUACCAAGACCUCCCCACAUAUUAUCUAUCAGUUUUACUCGGCGUUCUCAUGUGACAGGUCGAGAUGACAGGUCGACAGGCGGAUGGACGGACGGACGGACGGGUCGGAAUGGGAUCGGAUGGGAUGGUUACAUGGAUUGGCUAUGGCUAUCUCAAAGGCGUACGGUACAAUUCUUGGAUAUAUGGAUGGAUGGCUGGUUUCUGAUUCUGCUUUUCAUUUUGCUUCUGGCUCUGCUCUGGUUCAGUUCUUUUCCACUUGCGCUUCAUCUAUCACUUUCUGGAUGGUUUGGCUGGCAACUUGAACUUUGGUUGAUUUUUUUUUCCUGCGCUUCAUUUCUCUGUACCAUAUUCCCCCACCAAAUUUGUUUCUUUUUUUUCUUUUCUUUUCUUUUCUUUUCUUUUGGGUUUGUUUUUGGUUGGUUAUUGGGUUUGGAUUUUCUACUACCUAUAUCCUGCUUCAGCUGGUUGAUCUGGAAUUUCUUUUUUUUUGGAUCUGUUUUUUUCCCAACCCUUUUCGUCUCAUCAUAUCUAUCAUAUCCAUCACAUCAUAUCACACCAUAUCACACCAUAUGAAUGAAUCAUUCUCGCCUUGCUAUUUGGUGUCUACUUCUGCUUCAUCUAUCUCAUCUCAUUCUCACGUUUCUUUUAA